AUGGAGGGACGCGGCUCUUCAAACGAUGGGAGCAGCUCAGAAGACUUCAAGGAUGAGACCGAAAGCCUGGAAGAACCUCCUUGUGGCAGUUUGGUGGUUUUGGUUGGUCUCCGGCAAGUCGAGUUGAAUGGCCUUGUCGGAACGGUGGAGGAAGGCGGCCCAGAAGGCAGAGUCGCAGUGCGACUCGGUUCUGGCAAAAGUCUGGCCGUGCGCCCUGGCAACCUGCGGCUAGCCGAAGUCGACGCCUUCGACGCUGAUCUCGACGCAGACGACUCGCCUGUUGCGCCUUCGGAGGAUGCGGGCUUGCGUGCAAGGAAGACAGGUGGCUGCCAUUGUGCACGAUCGUCGUUCGAUCCGCUGAACCAGUACGAGAGCAGAUCGGCUUCUGAGGCCACCUUCGAAGAGCAGUAUGCUCGGGCCAACAAAGACUUGGACGAGGAGCCAGCCAAUCUGCAGCAAAGAAAGACCUGGCUAAGUUUGAUAUUCCUUGUUUUGAUUGUUGGCCCAGCAAUGGCAACUUUUUUCAUAACUGCAAAAGAUUGGGCAGACCCACUGGUCCGCGUCGUGCCAGCUGGAGACUCCAAGCAAGUGCAGGACAUCUUCUUUGGGGGCAAUGCUUGGUUAGUAUCCUGCGUUACAUCGAAAACAGCAGCUACUAAACCUCCUUCAGUUUUACAGGCCGCUGCCGAGUUGCUGCGGCCCCGAGGCGUGCGUGUGGCGCGUGUUCACUGCUGGGAGCCCUUGGAGACCAAGAAAGGUCUUCGAAGCCUGGCACAGAGGUUUGGGUUUCGCGAGAAGCCACCCGUGGUAAUGGCCACCAGGGGCCAAGGCUCUCCAACUCUCUUAGCAGCUACGGGACGAGCAGAAGCAUUGGCCGCCAAAGUCCUGGCAGCUGUUAUACCAGAGGAGUCUGCCACUGUCAAGGCUUACACGGUUCGUGAGGGGUCGCCGCUUGUUCGCAGCAAGGGCAGAGCUGGAUGCAGGGGGUGCUUACAGCAUUCAGAAUUACAAUGGAAGGAGCAUGCUUGUGUGCACCCAGUCUGUGAGAGAUUAAGAGGAUAA